AUGGAUGGUGAUCGCUCAAACAACCGCGUCUCCAACCUGGAGUAUGUAACACCCGCAGAGAAUGCACUCCAUGCAUGGUCAAUCAAGCCUAACAGAGGCCAGCCAAUUCUCUGGAGAGCUUGUGGUACUCAGCCGUGGGUACAUGCUUCUUCACAGUCGGCAGCUGCGCGGUCAUUGGGUGUGUCGCAGCACUGCAUAUUGAGCUGCCGUCGCGGCUUGCGGGCGAACUGUCCCGGCAAUGGUGCAAGUUAUGAGUUCCGGGCUGCUUCCGUGGUUGAGGUAGAGGCAGAGCAGCUUGAUCAUGAGAUAUGGAAACUGGCAAGUUAUCCUGGGAAUGACAGCAGAAUCUCAGGCCUUAUGGUCAGUGAUCAUGGGAGAGUUCGGUCGACAUCCAGAAAUGGCGACGUUGUUUCUCGCGGGUAUCUGAAUGCGAAUGGAUAUCAUGUCGCAUCAAAGAACAAGCGAAAUUAUAUGGUUCAUCGUUUAGUCGCUGCCACAUUUCUUGGCCAACCUGCGCAACCAGACCUGCAAGUCAAUCAUAAAGAUGGUCACAAGGCAAACAAUCACUUGCUAAACCUGGAGUAUGUCACAGCUUCCGAGAACGUGAAACAUGCGUGUGCACUUCAGGCCCGACGGCAGCAAGCCAGACGCAAGGGUAUGCACGUGGAGGCUUCUUUGAAAGAAUCUGAUGGCCAGUGGCUGCAGUUUCACUCCAUUAAGGCAGCUGCAGAGCACACUGCCACAACAGCCUGGCGAAUUUCGCGGGUCUGCCACGGUCAUUUGGCUGUCGAUCCUACGAGCUUGUGGAACUUCAGGUUUCUGGGCAGAAGCUCUGGAGAACCAGACGAGGAGUGGCGCACGGUGGUCUUUGAAGGAGCUCGUGUGUGA